AGUCUCAAGGUCUGGCCCCAAACGCCCGUGGCGCGUCGCCGGCGCCGGCGCCAUGGAAGACGCGAGGGAGGACGUUUGUGACGCUCCGAGUUCGGGGCAGAGCCAUGGAAAACAGGUGAAUGCCUUUUUUGAAAUUUUGGAGCAAAUGCAGGUCCUUCAGGGCAGACUUCGAGACGCCUACGAGACGGACCUGGCCAUAGCGAAGCCGAAGUCAAAGAUGGCGAUCCCAGCGCCCCGCACCCCGCGGAACGGGUCGUUGGAAGAUGCGCAGGUCCGACCGCCGCAGAACCCGACGCUCAGCGUUUUGAAUUUGCCCGAGAGCGCCUCGAUCUUGGCCGACGACUUCGACAACGCAGCUGGCCCAGUGGUUGGCGAGAGAAGUAUUCCAGUCAGUGCAGAGAGUCAAAACAGUUUGUCCCCACGAUCCACCAAAAUGUCGAACAAGCUCAUGAAGCGCGCACGAGAGGCCACGGCAAACAUGGAAGAAGAACUGGAUGCUGAUUCGCUGGAAUCCGCACUUCAGCUCAGAGAAGAAUGGAAUCUUCCAGAAGAGAGGUUGAAGGAGCUGAAGCGCUUGCAACGACGCAUGUCGGUUGGAAGCAUCGCGCUCAAGCCCACGCAGCCCAAGAGGCAGUACUUGCUACACACGGAGAUGAGCGAGGCGCCCAUCUUCGUGACCCAUCCGAAUUCCUGGAAGCGAAGUUGUUGGGAUUGCUUGGCAGUCAUCGCCAUCCUCUUCGAGAUCAGUGUGGCACCACUAUUGUUGUAUCGCAUGGAUGACUCCGCUCGCCGUGUGGCAGAUUCGCUACAGUGGAUCACCACCAUCUUUUGGGUCUUCGACAUUCCAGCAACUUUCUUCACAGCAACUUAUGUCAAUGACAUUCUGUGCUUUCGCCUUGGAGAGAUUGCCAGGGCAUAUCUCCGCAGCUGGUUCCUCUUCGACGUGCUCAUGUUGGUGCCUGACCUCAUCGUCGUCCUGCUUCCUGACAUGGCGGACGGCCCCGCGGGCGUCUUUCGCAUGGCGCGUGCGCGGCGUGUGCUGCGGCUCUUCCGCUUUGUGCAAAUUGUGAGAUUGUGGAAGACGCUUCAAGCAUUCAUGUCUUCUUUGGAGAAGCUCGGCCUGCCUCAGACAGAGGCAACAUAA